UUCCUCCCCCAAAGACAACGAGACACGACAAUCGUAUAUGCUAUUGGGAAGAAGAUGUAUAGCGAUUUUAAGACGCAAGCCAUUGAGUACGUGAAACAAGCCGUGCAGGAAGACAAUGCAAGGAACUAUGCCAAAGCUUUCCCUCUCUACAUGAAUGCUCUGGAGUACUUCAAGAUCCAUCUUAAGUAUGAGACGAACCCUAAGAUCAAGGAAGCUAUUACCCAAAAAUUCACCGAGUACUUGAACCGGGCUGAGGAGAUUCGGGCCAUCCUUGACUAUAAAGGAGGGUCUGGCCCGACCUCCUCCAAUUGGGAUGUCGCCGUGGCUACGCAGCCCAAGACAAAGCCCCCGGAAGGAGAAGGCGGGGAUGGGGAGGACCCUGAGCACGCGAAGCUCAAGGAGAAGCAGAACAACGAUGUUGUUGGAUUGGAGAGCGCCAAGCAGGAGGCUAUGAUCUUGCCUAUCACAGGUGUUGAACUUCAAUUUGGGAAGAUGUAUACCACUUUUUUCAAGGACCAAGCCAUAGAGUACGUGAAGCAAGCCGUACAUGAAGAUAAUGCUGGGAACUAUGCCAAAGCCUUCCCUCUCUACAUGAAUGCUCUAGAGUACUUCAAGACCCAUCUUAAGUACGAAACGAACCCUAAGAUCAAGGAAGCUAUUAUCCAGAAAUUCACCGAGUACUUGGGCCGGGCCAAGGAGAUCCAAGUCGUCCUCGAUGAUAUAGGUCCUGACCCGACCUCCAACAAGGACGACACCAUGGCUAUGCAGCCCAACGAAGGGGAGGGCGGGGUUAGGGAGGACCUUGAGCAAGCAAAGCUUAGUGAAAAGCGAAAUGAUGUUGGUGAAUUGGAGAGCGUGAAGCAGGAGGUGGUGAUCUCGCCUUUCACAGCUUAUGACAGGAAUGAGGAUGGUGGCCCUAUUUAAGUCCAUUCACAUGGACUUUGUGGUACCUAGCACAUGGGACAUUAGUCCAGGCAUGAGAUGAUGUAUAUCGUAAAAGUGAUAAGUAUGAGGAUUCUUCUUAAUAUUUAAUAUUUUACUGGAUUUCGUUUAUUUUAUAUGAGGGCUCACGCAAGGUGUUCUUGUGAAUAAUUGUAAAUCUAUGUUUACUAUUCAGCAUCUUCCAAUGUGAAUGAUGUUUAAAUAUAUUACGAGUGUUGUAUUAAAAUGAACACAUGAUAAUAUCAAGUUGGUUCUUUAUAUCCAUUUAA